UAACAACUGAAUUCAGUUGCCGUUACAACCCACCAGCCAAGCAAGCAAGCAAGGCAACCACCAGCCAAGCUAAGAUGACAGACGCGUUUGACGAGCUCAAACGCACCGUGGCAGACACGCUGUCUGCUUCUGGCGUGCUGCAGAAGAUCAAGGCGGAGUUGCGCGUGGGUGUGUUCCAAGCACUGGACGAAAGCGGGCAGAUCCCCGACAAGUUCUACGAUGGCGUACGAAGUUUGAAGGCCCACAACAAAGGUGGCCUGUGCCUGCUUGUCGUGCGCGACCUGCUGCUGCAUGCUGGACUCAAAUUCACCGAAGAGGUGUUCAACGUCGAAACGGCGAUGGAGAACGAGGAGCAGCCAACGGCAUCAACGCUGGCAGCUGAGAUCGGAUUCAGCUCCUUCAACAGGCGGAACGAUGCGCCUCUGAUCUUGCAGCUGCUCACGUCCAGUCAUGACACUGGUGUCACACGUCCCGACACCACCGCCACUGCUGCUGACGCUGCUGCUGCGGCCGGAUCUGUUUCAGCCACAGCUCGCACGAAGCCACUGACGGCCUCCACGCUGAAGCUUGCAUCCCGCUCCUUCAACCGCCAUGACACGGACAACACAAACAGCGUGUCUCACGCCGACGCAAGGGAGCUGCUGCUCUCAUUCUUCCCAUCAGCCACGGGGAGCGACAUCACUGCUGCCGCAACGCAAGCCGACACAGCCCUCGGAACCUCAACCUCAGCGAAGCUGACGUAUGACGAGUUUCUUGCCAUUUUCAUUGAGCUGUCGCGGACGUUUGAGCCGCACACAAACGCAACAGACAUUGCUUCCACCACCGCAGCGAAGCCCACAGCCACAGCAAUGGACACAGCUGCGGGUGGCUUGUCUCGUGGGGCUGACACGGCACAAUCCAAGAAGACGGGUGACCUGUUUUCCAAGUACUUUGACGACGAUGCCCGUGAUACAUCCGCACGUGACACGACAGCGAAGGGGAGGAGGAGCGGCAGCGGGCGCAGGGCUGCGAGCGACCUGUUUGCGUCAUCGCCACCAGCAUCGCCACCAUCAUCCAAGUCAACACCUCCACCACCACCACAUGCGGCAACAACAACAGCUGCAUCAACAGUGGGAGGGCUGAAGAGUUCUCCUCCAUCAACAGCGGAGGAGCGGACCACUUCGCCGCCCGCACGCACAGGACGCCGCCGGGCUGGUGGCGGUGGGGGCGGCAAUGACACAUCUCUGACCUCUGGACUAAAGAAGGACAAGCCAUCGUCGCUCCUCGGAGAUUUGCCUGGGUUUGGAUUUGGAGCCAAGCCAAAGACGCCCGAGGAGAAGAAGAAGAAAACGGCGGGGCUUUCAGGGCUGGACGACUUAUUUGGCUCGCUCGACACAACACCGCCCAGCAAACGCAACGGUAGCAGCGGCAGCGGCGGCGGUGACACCCGCGCAGGAGACGAGGGCGGGGCGAAGCAUGAACAAGAACAACAAGAAGAGGAAGAAGGCACAGACCUUGCACGGCUCCUGAGGGGCAAGCCACACCACACGCAGCGUCGAACAAGCGGUGGUGAUGACAGCAAGCCACUGGCGGCAACAGCAAGAGCCGAGACGAAGAACAAGAACAAGAAGAGCAGCGACGCACACGCGCGCGGCGGAGGAUUUGGGUCGCUCACGUCUGAAGACGAUGACGACAGCUUGGCGGAGGAAGUGGAUGAGGAGGAGCUCAGCGUUGGCAGUCACUCGUCACAGCGCAGUGCAGGCAGCAUCAGCCACCGCAGCAACAGGAGCGACAGAAGCAACAGGAGUGUGCGCAGCCAUGGCAGUCGUGGCGGCCGUCGCCGUGCAAGCGACAGCAGCGCUGGUGGUGGUGGUGGUGGUGGUGGUGGUGGUAGUGAUGGUGAAGAGAGCGCUGGCAAGAGCGAUGGCAGUCUCCACCCGAGCGAAGACGCGCGGCGCUUGCAAGAGAUCAACGAGCGAUUGGCACAGCUUGAAGGCAAGCGGCGCGUUGGCCCGAUAGCUGACGCUGGCAGCGACGGUCGACGUGGAAGUGGUGGCGGUGAUGGUGGCGAUGACGACUUUGCUGCGCUGAGAGACGAUGGUGGUGAUGAAGAUGAUGGCGAGAAGACUCCUGUUCCAGAUGCUGACAAUGAAUACGACUACGAGCAGGACUUUGAGGAGCCAUCUGAUGUCUCCGAGGAGAUUGUGACGGAUGAUAUUUCAGAGCAUUUCUCCGACCUCUCCAUCAGCCACGGCCCGGAUUCACAUGAGCCACGCUCUGAUGUGUCUGCGGUGACAGAGGACUUUUCCGUGGAUUCCAACGUGAGCGCAUCAAACCUCCUCUUCUACAAGAAGGCGUGAAGCACCCACAUCCAUCUCCAUGCAACCCUUCACCCACUUUUGUCAUACAUUCAUACCCGCAUUGCCUUUCAUUCCCGCCCCUUCCAACGUACCCGCACUCCCACUUCUUCUGCGAUUCUUCCUUUCAAGUGGUCAACUUUG